AUUGGAUUAGGGGGGAAGAAGAUGAUCCAGCUGCUGUUCACGGUGCUGGCGGCGGAGGCGGCGGCGACGGCGGUGCUCCUCUUCAACACUCCGCUCCGCAAGCUCCUCGUCCUCGGCCUAGACCGCCUCAAGCGCGGCCGUAGCACCGUCAUGGUGAAGACGCUGGCUGCCACCGCCGUGCUUGUCCUCGCCUCUAGCAUCUACAGCAUGGCUGAGAUCCGACUCCGCUUCGCCGAGCUUGGGGCCCCCACGCCCACCGACCAGAUUCUCAUGAGCCGCCACCUCCUCGAAGCCUCCCUCCUGGGUUACUCCCUUUUCCUCGCUCUAAUAAUCGACCGUCUCCACCUCUACAUCGGAGAACUGCAUGGGCUAAGAAAUAGCAUGAAGGCUGUGAUGAAGCAAAACAGGGUCAUAGGGACAGCUAAAACUGGGAGUUCCUGAAGAAUCUUUAGCAUCAGAUGUGGCAAAUUGUUCCGCUUGUAUAUAUCAUGCCAUUACAAGCAACUGUUUGAUAAAAUGCCCUCUUGUUGUUUUA